AGAAAGGCCAAUACCAGCUGUCGUUCAGGCCCGACAAGUACAUUCAGACGGCCGAACAAGGCAUGGUGAUUAUGGGCGUGACAGAACAGGAGGCCGGUCGCUAUGACUGCCGUCUAGGAGCGGACACGCUGUGCAGUUAUAAUAUCACGGUCGAUACGCAGCGAUGCGCUGCCCCCAGCAAAUCACACGAUUAUCAGAAAGUCUACUCUGACUGGUGUCACGAAUUUGAGAAAUACAAAAUGGCCAUGAAGACGUGGGAGAGAAGGCAGCUGCAAUGUAACAGUCGGCAAACGAACGAUACAGCCAGCAGCAAUCAGAAUGCUCAUCCCAACGAGAUCUAUCCACGGAGUCCUUUGGUCUGAACAAGUUCCAAUAAAA